GAUGCAAGCACAACCAAAUAACACAUUGUUCUCUUCUGGGAGUUCAAUUUAAAGAUUCAAGAUAAACAAAGUUAUGUAAAUGGAGGGCACUGAAUCUUCAGAUAGGCCUUUAAUUAAAACACCCCAGGAAGACACGACAGAGAAACAGAGGCAGUGACUCUGCAAAUUCAGAUAAAAAAUGGGGAGAGAAGAAGGCUCGAAGAAGAUGAAGAUCGCCAUUAUACAUCCAGAUCUUGGUAUAGUGGUUGAGCUUGCCUCGCACGGUCAUAAAGUUAAUGUAUUUACCUCUCACCACGACCAUUCUCGAUGCUUCGAGGCAACUCUUUCGGGCGUAUUUCAAGUAACGGUGUAUGGUUCUUUCCUGUCACGCCAUAUUUUCUACCGGUGCUUGUUUGUUUGCUCUUUGUGUUCUCUUGGGAUGGUCUACCUUCGAUGUUGUACUAGCAGACCAGGUUUCAGUCGUUGUCCCAUUGCUGAAACUCAAAACAUCAAAAGUUGAAUUUCCUCUCUAUAAACCGCUUUGAGAAGAAAAAGAACAUCAAUCUAGCCGUUUCAGCUUUUGCUAUUCUAUGCAAACAUAAGCAAAAUCUAACCGAUGUUGCCCUUACCGUUGCUGGUAAGUGUUCCUCUCUCUUCCACAAUCUAAUAUUGAAAGAAGGUUUUACUGUCUGCAUUCCAUUGUUCAGUUACCUUCUUCCUCCUAUUGUGUCAAUCUCUUGGGAUUCUCAUGAUUCAAAAUCAAAUGCUAGGAUGAACAUUUUGGUAUAGUUCCAUUAGAAGCAAUGGCUGCAUACAAACCUGUGAUAGCCUGCAACAGCGGUGGCCCUGUGGAGACAAUAAAGAACGGAGUAACAGGAUAUCUCUGUGAACUGACUCCAGAAGAUUUUAGUUCGGCGAUGGCUAAGUUUAUAGAGAGUCCUGAGUUGGCGAAGGGGAUGGGAAGUGAAGCGAGGAAACAUGUGGUUGAAACAUUCUCUGUGAAUCAGUAUCUUGUUCAUGUACUUUCAAGUCCUAAAGAAGAUUGACAUUCCUCUGUUUGGUAAUCAUAUAUCUUUUUACCAUACAAUAUAAGACGUGACAGCUAGCAAACAUAUACUUAAAAAUACUUGCAAGACUUUCUCUGUAACUUUUCUUGAUUUAUACUAUUUAUAGUCUUGAA